CGCCAGGUGCGUUCACGAAGACUACCGCUUUAAGACGUUGUUGCGAGAAGAAGCUGGUGAUUUUCCACUCAAAAUGAUAAUAAAGUCGAGCGGCGCCACACAGCGUCAUGGUCACGCGGGAAAAUUGGCUUAAUUGUUUCAAUCAACGCUGAACGUGAGAGACGUGAGAGACGACAGGAACAACAAUACACAUCUUCAUCGACAGCAUGGCCCAAAAAGAGAAGCUUCAAUGCCUGAAGGACUUCCACAAGGACACACUGAAGCCCUCACCAGGGAAAAGCCCAGGCACUCGGCCCGAAGACGAGGCCGAAGGCAAGGUCCCUCAGAGGGAGAAGUGGUCCAGCAAGCUCGACUUUGUUCUGUCUGUGGCCGGAGGCUUCGUCGGAUUAGGGAACGUCUGGCGAUUCCCAUACCUUUGUUAUAAGAACGGUGGAGGUGCAUUCCUCAUCCCUUACUUUAUCUUCCUGUUUGGCGGUGGCCUGCCCGUCUUCUUCCUGGAAGUGGCACUGGGCCAGUACACCUCUGAAGGAGGGAUCACCUGCUGGGCCAAACUCUGCCCCAUCUUCACGGGGAUUGGCUAUGCCUCAAUCGUGAUCGUGUCCCUGUUGAAUAUCUACUACAUUGUGAUCUUGGCCUGGGGACUAUACUACCUAUUCCACUGCUUCCAGCCUGAGCUCCCCUGGGCCAAAUGCAAGCAGCCCUGGAACACAGAAUUCUGUGUGGAGGACACUGUCCGGAAAAACAAGACCCUUUGGCUGGCGGCCAAUGUUACCAACUUUACCUCUCCUGUGACAGAGUUCUGGGAACGCAACGUCCUAACCAUCUCCUCUGGGAUUGAGGACGUCGGGCCUUUGAAAUGGGACCUGGCCCUUUGUUUAUUAGCAGUGUGGAUUAUCUGCUUCUUUUGCAUCUGGAAGGGUGUCAAGUCUACUGGAAAAGUCGUGUACAUAACAGCAACAUUCCCAUUCGUGAUGCUGAUUGUGCUGUUGGUGCGUGGAGUCACCCUGCCUGGGGCGUCAGAGGGCAUCAAAUUUUACCUUUACCCUAACUUGACUCGCCUGCAGGACCCAGAGGUGUGGAUUGACGCAGGAACGCAAAUUUUCUUUUCUUACGCCAUUUGCCUGGGUGCCAUGACGUCACUAGGGAGCUACAACAAAUACAAGUACAACUGCUACAGGGACUGUUUGCUGCUGGGAGGCCUCAACAGCGGUACAAGCUUUGUGUCUGGCUUCGCAAUAUUUUCCGUCCUGGGCUUCAUGGCACAAGAACAAGGGGUGGACAUUGCCGAUGUGGCAGAGUCAGGUCCUGGCUUGGCCUUCAUUGCGUACCCUAAAGCGGUGUCCAUGAUGCCACUGCCAACCUUCUGGGCCAUCCUCUUCUUUAUCAUGCUGCUGCUACUUGGUCUUGACAGCCAGUUUGUUGAGGUGGAAGGACAGAUCACGUCCAUAGUGGAUCUGUAUCCGUCCCUCCUGAGGAAGGGUUACCGGCGGGAGAUCUUUAUAGCCAUCAUGUGUUUCAUGAGCUAUCUCUUUGGACUCGUCAUGGUUACCAAAGGUGGCAUGUAUGUGUUUCAACUCUUUGACUACUAUGCAGCCAGCGGUGUGUGCCUUUUGUGGGUUGCUUUCUUUGAAUGCAUUGCUGUAGCCUGGGUUUAUGGAGUUGAUAAUUUCUAUGAUGGAGUCGAGGAUAUGAUUGGCUACCGACCAAACCCAUGGAUGAAAUGGAGCUGGACCAUCAUCACACCGGUGCUCUGCAUGGGCUGUUUUGUCUUCUCUCUGGUCAAAUACAAGCCUCUGAAAUACAACAAAGUGUACGAGUACCCUGACUGGGCCAUUGGCCUGGGCUGGUGUUUGGCCUUGGCCUCCAUGAUCUGCAUCCCUAUGGUGAUGGUCAUCAAGAUCUUACAGUCUGAAGGAACUCUCAUUGAAAGGAUCAAAGCAGUGGCGGCGCCAGCCAAGUCAGGCGUGAGUUCUCGGCCCAAAGAGUACAUGGCCAAGGACAGUGAGCUGACGCAGCCCCUGGACCCUAACGGGAACAACGGCUUGACCAAGCCCACCCACACCAUUGUAGAAACAACCAUGUGAACGCUCUCUGUGAGAGGAAUACGAUUGAUGUGCUUUCUGUGUUCUUGCUAACGUCGGUAGGUUGACAUUGACCUGCAUGUUGACCUUUUUAGACAUCCUGUAGUUUAAUAUCUAUGAGGAGGAUUACAGUGUAAAUAGAUGUAAUUUUAUCUCUUUUUCUUUUCUUUUUUUUACCAUAUCAAUGUUGUUAAUGUCGCAACUGUUGUUGUAGUUGGCACUGAUCUUAAGCUAUAUAUUGACAUAGAACUUGUUCAAUGUUUACUACCUUUUCUUCUUGUUGAUUCCGGAUAGAGGUGAGCAAUUUAGGUUGGACAACGAAGGAAUGAUAAAAUUCUCGCUUCUCUUAAAAUUCAGCAAACAUAAGUUGUUAAAAAGGUAGCUAAUUUGUGAACAAUCUGUAGGUGCCUGCGGCCGCUGUGUUACUGGGGCUAACUUAACUGCACUUUGCAAUAUCCAUUAAUGGUGAUAGAACCCUCAUCUGUCAAAGUACAUAUCCUAUAAAUAUCCACAUUAUUUUUACAUGUGCAUAUGCUUGAGUUUUGAGAUUAAGGCUUUGGCUGAAUACAACAAAAAAUGUUAAUCAAAAUGGGACAAAAUGACAAUGCAGUGCCAGAUGGAAGUGAAAAGGGAAGUGGCAUUUUAGAGUACUUGUCCGCUGCCUGUGUGACUAUUAAAGUCAGUCCCGCACUGCAUUUUUUUGGAGAAACCUCUUUGCACUUUAUUUCUGGUUCACCUUUUAUUGUAGGGAUUGUUUUUACUGUUGCAAAGUGUUGCUUUGGAUUUUUUGCAGCACAUUUAAAGCGGCACAUAACUUUUUGAUGUAAUUAAUCUUAAUUAAUAUGGGCAUGUAUUCCUAAAGAUUCUGAGAAUCAUCUCAGAGAGCUCCUAAUUUAACUUUAGCAUUCCUAGCAAGGAGUAUUGGCUUAGGAGUGAUUCCAGAACAUUCUCAGAUAACUCUGAGCAAAGAAUGGACAGAAACUCCUCUCUUAGUGACGAGGUGUAGUUGACCCCAUUGCUAGGUAUGCGUCAUCAUUUCGAAAGAUGUGAUCGGUUGAUCCUAAAAGCUUGAUAAAAGAUAUAAAAAUGGACAAAGGAUGAACCCUCAAAUUGUUAAACUUAAUCAUAUAAUCUAAUGAAGACUGUAAUUGUAAAUAAUGUUUCACAUAAAAUAACAUAUCUGUUAAAAGAAUAGUAAGCUAUACUUUAAAAUUAUCCUACAAAAUGUGUGAAAAUGUAUGUUAACUGGCUCAGCUUUCAUCAAUGUCUGUGAUUGCUGACCUGCCUAUAAAAAGCAGUGUUGGUUAGCUUUAAUUUCAGGUGGUAUUGCAUUGGGGCGUUGGGUUGGAGAAGUAAGUGCAUCUCUGAUGAGAUCAACCACAUAAAUGAUUCCUGCACAAGCCAAUCUGUAGUGUUACAAAUAAUUCAUCCAUUGUGUCCUCUCCUUAGGCAAGUCCUAGGCCGCUUAGAAGUCCUCUUCCCUGCUCUUAGGAGCUCUCUUUAGGGCUAAUUUUCAGCUUUUUACAGCUUUUAUCUUUACCAGGAUCUACACUUCACUUUAGGGGAAAGUCUAAGAAAAUAUGAUUCUCAGAUUUUCUUUACAAAUUGGCCACUAGGAGCAACUCUUUGAACUAAGAAUCUUUAGGAAUAUGGCCCCUGGUUUAUAGAACGUGUCUCUAAUGACGCACAACACCUGACACUUCUGUUGUCCUCCUUUCGUGUGUGUUUCAUAUUUCUAACGUCGAAAUUAUCAAGUUGUUUUAGUAGAAUAGCAGCGGUUUUUAAGUCACAUAUGCCUUUUGUAACAAUUUUGUACCGUACUUCUUACAAACAUGACAACUCAAUGUUCAGUUAUUUUGUGCAAUAUUCAAUGAAGGAACGGCAACUUUCAAACGUUGAUUAAUCUGAAUUCAAAUGCAAACACUGUAUCCACAAAGGCAACAAUUCUGAGCAGAAUGUGCUGGAUCCACCGCAGCUUCGUCCAUUACAAAUCAAAAUGUACCAAAGUAUCUUUGUCACACAAUUGUAUCUUUUUAGAUGCACAUUGCAUCAUUUCCAUAUAGAGUACAAAUAAACAGUUUUUCUUUG